AUGGAGGGCGUGGAUCUUUCUGAAAUUGUCAAAGAUAUGAUAAAAUAUGAGAAUGGACAUCCAGUUGUCUUAGCUCUUAAAACGCUAGAAAGUUUCAAGGAGAAUCCUCCCGAUUGUCGUCAGUUGCUGGAUACUAUAGAGAAUUUACAAUCAACCUGCAGUUCUCAGCCAAGUGUCCGUCAAUUGCUUAUUAGUAUGAAUGCUGUUAAUACGUUGCUUGAACUAUUUGACCUGUAUAUUUUGGAUAGCAAUUACAGUGUCUGUGCUUCGUUGUUAAGCGUUUUGUCUACUGUUGUCACUGGUCACUCCAACUCUGUCGAGGAAGAAUGUAUCACAAAGUUGACCAAAUGGCUUGUCAAAUUAAUCGAUGAAUUAGAUGAAAACGCAUCAUCAGAACCAAUUUUUGCAUUAAUAGCUGCAAUUUACUCCGUAUUACAUGCUAGCUGUACAAAAAAUGAAAAGAAUCGAGCACUCAUCUCUCAAACUGAAGUUGUAAAGCGCACUAUAAAUUUGCUGACAAAGUUCGACAAAAUGCUUAAUAAUAAUAGCAUACCGUUUAAUGUUUUCUAUCCUGCAUUGAAAGAAGCAUGUGCAUUCUUACGAUCUCUAACAAUCGAUGAUGAUAUGGACGUUGAAUUCGGUGUUGGAAGUGAGAAUGCAUGCACUAUUGCUAAAAGUGAUUCCUGUUUGGAAACAUUUGUCAAAUUAAUCUCAAAUAUUGUGGCUUCUUCAAAUGUUCAUGGUAUCGCUGAUCUAUUUCAAACCCUAUCGACCUUAAUUACACGUGAAGAAAUAUGCACAAAAUUCUCCUCUCUCAAUGGUAUUGAUAUAAUCAUGAAGACGGUCUAUUACAACAUAAAGUCAGCAUCUAUCAUUCGUUCUGGAUUAAUGCUGCUGGAGUCAUUAUGUGGUUCAGAUGCAUGUAAACGAUCUAUUGCUAAUUGGUCACUUCAUAAUGUGACUGGUCCACAACUUAUUAUAGAUGUAUAUGAAGAUCAUAUUAAAAAUCCUAUUGUUGUAAGGUAUGCAGCUGGUGUAGUUGCCGCCAUCACUCUACGACAACCUGAUCUUGCCAAAUUGCUUGUUGAAGCUGGUGUAUCCACAUAUCUUAUUAAGACUCUUGAUUUGUAUAUGUCAAACGCUACAACUGUUCGAACUGUAUGCAGAGCUAUACGUAAUAUUGUCUCAAGAUCACCGGGACUACGAGCUAACUUUUUAACAGUGGAUGGUGGUACAAGUGAUACUGGUCUAGAAAAGCUAUUGAAUUUAGCUCUGAAAAAUCCUUCUUGUUGUGAUCAAGCGAAAGCAGCUCUUCGUGAUUUGAACUGUACAGUUGAACUUCAAGAACCUUGGAAAGGACCACUGAAGUCUGUUGUGUAG